UGAGCUCUUCACUUCCAUCUGCUCACUCUACGACAGUUUCGUGGCCCGCCCCGCUAUCCGCAAACUCGAAAAGACGCUGGCGUGAAGACGAGAGAAGGAAUUAAAAAAAACAAAAUGGACUCCCUGACUGCUUUCAAGCCAACUCCAUCGUCUGCUGGCGGGGGCGUGUGCGUCUGAACAAUGCUCGUGCGAGUCUCGCGACUUAUAGCGCUAAUAUUGACAGGCUACUUUACCUGGCUAUCUACUUUGAUGUCAUCGCCAGCGAAAGCUGUCUUUAAUUGUGCCGCUGCUCUGAGUAGUAGUGCUUUAGUGGAUUAAAUGUUCUAGAUCUAGGAAGUAAUGGACACUUCAGGAAUUGGUUUUCUUUGGAUUUCUAUGUGGAUUUUUUCGGUAUAAAGCAAUAAACAAUGCUGGGGAAGAUGAAAAAGAUCAGUUCAAGGUAUGAAUGGGGUGUCAGCAGCCACGAGUGACCUGCUUCUUCUAGAUCAGUUCAAGGUAUGAAUGGGGUGUCAACAGCCACGAGUGACCUCCUCCUUCUCUCUUGUCCAGAGUUUCAAGGAAGUUCAAGACUUGGAUUUAUGUGUCUUCAUAGUCCACAGUAGGUCAUUGUACAGGAACUAACGUCUGUGACCCGAUCAUUAAAAAGGUGUUAAGGAUAGGUCAUCCUGUCCUGAGUGGAACAUUAAACAUGGCUGUACGGACCAAGAGUAUAGAUUUAAUGUGUCAGCUUAAUGGCGCUGUAAGGAUUAGGCUGAGUCCUCUUGCUUAACACCAAGUACAACCCUCAAGCUUCUGUUUCUUUUCUUUUUUUGGACUACACAAUUCUCCACUGGCUGAGUUCUGGUGUUUUAAAUGUCUUCAAAGUGUGAGUCACAUGACACGCAUUCAAGUCAGGAAAUGACAUAGCGUUUAUUCUAAACAUGGCAUCAGGGUUCUUGAUGACGUCAUCCAGGUCAGCCAUGGAGCAAGACACACUAAGUUCUGACAACGACUCGGAUGCUGGUCAAGACCAGAGCUCACCCUUGCCUGAUGCCUGCCACAGAUGUGGGAGUCGGGUGUACCCGGUGGAGAGAGUGGAUGUUGGGGCACUGUUUCAUCGCAGGUGUUUUAGAUGUCGCAUCUGUGGACUGCAGUUAACUUUGAGAACAUUUCAUUGGGACCAGACAACUGCCCCAGAUAUUUACUGUCACGCCCAUGUACCCCGCCAUGUUGGUUGCCUUGACAACGAGUCUGUUGGGAUUAAAACCGCCAUCAAUGCUCCUAAAAGAGGCGUGGCCACGUCUGAUCAGACCAGAGGCAGUCUGUAUAACCCAGGCUGGCAGUAUGAUGCUAAUGCAAUGGAAUUUGCUCAUUUCAAAGAAAUUUAUCGGAGAGGAAAACAAAAAACAACAACCGGAACAUACAGAGACUUUGAAGAGUCUGGAAUAUUUGAAGCUCAAAGUCAACUGGAGAAAGUGCAGAAAGCAGAAGAAGAUCAACUGUAUGUACAAAUACAAGAUGAAAGGAAAAAAAAGGUCAAGAGAUUAGAAGAUGAGUUGAGGGCUGAAAUGGAAAGGUCAGUUCGGGACAUGGUGUCAACAUUUGAAAGAUUCUCACCACAGAAAGGAAAAACACGUUUACAGAAAGAAACUGAAAAACUGGAAGAAACGUAUAGGAGAAAGAAAGAAGAGAAAAUCAGGAAGAUGUUGGACAGAUUGAGCAAUGAGCAAAGAGCCAAAGUUGCAAGUUUGAUACAGAAACAUAGCCAGGAAAUGUUAUUACUAAUAGCUGAAAGACUGACCGCAUCAGAGGAUCGUGUGUCCAGUGAUUCAGAUGAGACAUCACCAACUAUGGAUCUCUCUAGGCCUCCCCCAGUAGCACCACCAGAGUUUAAAAAGAGUCAAUUGGUCAAAUCUCCAAAGGAGUUUGAGAAAAUUGACAAUCAUGUUUUUCAGGUCAUUCAAAAGGAAUAUUCCACAUUUACUGAACUUGUGAAGGAUUUAAUUGUUGUAUGUGAAACAGAUCUGGAUAAAGCCAGAGCCAUAUUCCGGUGGGUGACGUGGACAGACCUGAAUGAACUGGAAGUAGAAGACAGUGUGUGUCCUGAUAGUCCAAUGGGCUUAUUGCGUGGUAUUAAGUAUGGAACAGAAACAUAUCAUGAUCUAUGCAGACGACUUUGCAGCUAUGCUGGGCUAUAUUGUGAGGUCAUUGAAGGUUACUCUAAAGGUGCUGGAUAUAAACCUGGAAUGAAGAUGGAAAGUGAUAGAUUCAGGAAUUCAUGGACAGCUGUUAGCAUUGAUGGCUCCUGGUGCUUUAUCAAUUGCAACUGGGGGGCUCGGCAUGUGAAAGGUGAAGGUCGAGGUGACCCAGGGAGUGGACACAAAAAGAAGAGGGAAGGGGUGAGGCUGGACAGCAACACUCAAACACACUAUAACAAUGUCGAGGUUCUGUAUGAACAUGACAAUGGGGAUGUCGUCUACAGAAGUGGAGUCAGGAGGGACAGCCUGGAGAACCGUGAAAGCAGUGGCGUACCUCAGCUGAAUGGGGAAGGUGGAAAUUCAAGUAUAGGACCAGGGUCAACAGCUAAUUCUACCAGUGGACACUAUGGUUUUGGUUCUAGUCUGUUUUCCAGUGAUUCACGUCUGACUUCUAUCACCGAAAACUCUCCAAGAAAUAAGCUUCAGGGGUUCAGCAGUAAUUCGAACCCAAUCAAAACUCUUGGCUACAAUGGCUUUGGUUAUGGAAGCCAAUUUUCUGUAUCCAAUGGAUAUUCUCAGAGUUCUGAGAAUCCUUAUUCUAGAUCCUUUGGAGUCAGGAAACAUUUACCAGAUUCUGGGAGCAAUAAAGAGAAUGGACUUAAUGAUCCCAGUGAUAUAGUUUCUAUUGAUGGUUUCACAGGACGUUCUCUGCUAGACGCAUUUUAUAAUAAAGAUAUCAAAUCCAAGUUGACAGUGACCAGACUAUCUGAUGGUGACACUGCUAGUUACAGUAGUGGCUACAGCAAGUCUAGCACAGAGAACAUGUCUCCCUCACACUCCCCCUUUGCCUCCAUUAGCUCCACACCUAAAUCAGGGGGAGCAUUUAGUGUACACUCCGAUUCCUCUGGUUCCUCCCAAAAAGAUUGUGAUGCCAGGUACUCUCCCCCUCAAUCUUUGUUCAGGUCCAGGCAGAACCAAGAUGGCUGCUGUGGGCCUCUUUCUCGGGCUUCACCUCCCCAGUCUACUUUUAGAAACUCCUCAGGAUCAGAUAACUCUGGCAACUCAGUCAAGUCAUCCCCGCCACAAUCUUUAUGCAGAGCCAGCAGCAUGGCUUACGUCACACCUUUGAAAACAUCGCCACCUAGUUCAAUUUUCAGAUUUGCAAAUACUUCCUUAAAUGCAUCCAGUCAAGGGGAAAAACUCUCACCACUACAGUCAGAAUCAGAAAGAUGGAGAAACAGUGACAGUUCUGGUGGACGGUCAGACAGACGAGAUUCUAUAAGUACUGUUGGGGAGAGUUUGAUUGGAGAAGACCCUGGAUGUGACGUGACUAAACAACCUCUGUAUUAUCAAUGUGACGAGUUUUAUUUCAUGACUGACCCAGAGGAUCACAUAUAUCAACACUACCCAGAUGAUCCAGCAUGGCAGCUACUGGAGGUACCUAUAACCAUGUCUGAAUUUCUUGACCUUCCAAUUGUCAAGUCACCAUUCUUUAAUGCAGGGCUUAAAUUUGCCACACAUUAUGACUGUAAACAGCACACCCAGAAAGGGGAAGUCACUCUGCAGCUGAAGAUUCCUAAACUUCUAAGUUUUGGUUAUACUCUGGUCCCAAGGGACAAACGAAUGGCAAGUCAAAACUCAAUGGAUGGCCGUGUGCUACUUAGGAUCAUAGGUCACAAAGCCAUGUUUACCGUUGCGCCUCCAAAACGAGGCAGAUAUUAUUUCACGAUAUAUGUCAAAGAUGACAGCAGUUCCGACCUUCUCCAAAGUGCAUGCGCAAUGCUGAUAACAUGCCGAGAAGGAAGGGAGGCUAUAAAGCCACCAUAUCCCAAAGUUGCCUUUUAUGGACCAACUCUGGUCAUGUCUAACUAUGGGCUACUGCCACAGACACACAUUGACCCACUUGUGUAUUAUAACCACGACGACAUCAAUUUUCAGUUUGCUGCCAGUCGUACAGUCAGGUUGUCUUACUCAUUGACGUUUCACUGUCAGAGAGCAGACGCCAUUGAUGCAGACCUGCAGCGCUAUGCUUUCCUUAGACAUAGAGAUGAUACCUCUAUGGCUCUACAAGUGCGUUGUCCACAUGUGGGAAAGUACGUAUUUUCUAUUUAUGGAGCUAAGUCUGCCAAUCCGGAAGAGGCAGACGGACAAUAUGAAUGUUUGUUCCGGUAUCUCAUCGAUUGCAAACAAAGCGCCACCAACAAGUCGCCACUGCCUAGGGCAUGUCAUCGAUGGUGUCACAGUCAGUUGCUGGAACCUGUACAUGGUGACCUCCCCACAAAUACCAGGAUGUCUUUCCGGGUGAGGGCACCACUUGUCUGCGAUAUGGCAUUGUUGAUGGGGGAUGCUUGGUAUCACUUUAGAAACCAUCCAGACCACAUCUGGGAAGCUAGCUUGACUACCAGUGCAACACCCUGUGCUGCUAAGUUGUAUGCACGUCUAAACAAAGAUACUGCAAGGUUCUCUCCCUUUCUUGAGUUUCAGAUAAUUGAUAAAAGCUAAUUUUAUUUAUUUAUUUAUUUUUAUUUAAAAAAACAAAACAAUAUCGUGAUAAUUCUCAUGUAGUACUCUACAUAUAGUAUACAUAUAUAUGGUUAAAUGAAAUGAAAAGUAAUUCAAAAGCUCAUUUUGUUUGUAAUUAAUACAUUCCUAUUCAGCAGUGGUGCUAGAAUGACUAUUUAUAAACAUAAAGCUCCACUCUUUCAUCAUCCCCUCAGAGUCUCAACGUAGUCUGUGACCGCAAACAUUGACACACACACAGACACAAGUUCUCAACAACUAAAGCUGCCAGCGAGAAUGUCAAGCAAUAUCCAAACAUUUGAUUUUGAGCAUUUCAUGUUAUAGGCCGUUUAUUCUAGAUCUAAUACAUACUAUUGUCAAAUGUUAAUGUUGUCUAUUUAUAACCAAUUCCUUUCUCGAACAAAACAGUCUGUUUCUAAUAAUAAUAGCAUUUACUCUGAUCUCUACUUGAAAAUAUAAUAACAAAGACAGAUGUAGUGUAUACCAACACUAUCAAACCUUUGAAUAAUUCUAGUCCGUCCUAUAACUCUACGUUCCCUGUUAUAUUAUGUUAUGAUUUUCCCCUGCACUGGCCUAGAUAAAUGAAGAUGUUCUGUCUCAGAAGAAUAUCUCAUUGAACACAAAUGUUAAGGUUUAUUUACAUGACUCUAAAAGGUCAAUAGCUCAAGCAGCCAAAUAAAAAUGUAUGCAAAGAAAAAAAAAAGGUUGUGAAAAUGUUUUAAUGUAAAAAGAAAAUGUUCUUGUUUCUAUUUUCUUACAUUUAUAUUUGAACAAAACUUGGUGCCUGAUAAAGACACUUAAGGUGACAUAUAGCAAAGACCCAACCUUAGCACAAUUAUCUUGAUACAAUCUAUAGGAAUUUUUUUCUAAAGAGGUGGCUAUGGUGCCAUAUACCUAGGGCUCAAUACAGCUUGUACACACUUUGUAUUAAAGCAUUAAUCCGUUGUUUGAUUGUUGUUAGUGAUUAAUGCUAUCAAUGCUGCACAAAUAUGUUCAUUUCCUAUGUCAAUUUGAUAGGAGUCUCAAAUUCUACUUCGAAAUUAUUAUAUGACAGAUAAGCCUACUGAAGAACAAUGGGCUUAAAAAGUUGCUUUUAAUUUUUAGUGACACUGUGUUUUCAACUGUUUGUAAUAAGUCAUCUCAACUCAAUGUUUUAAGGGUUAAACAAUAUUAAUUCAGCCUUAAAAAUGGUUCAUCAUUUUUUAAAAAGACCCAAAUGCUUAAAGAAAUACCAUCUCUAGUUUUAGUUUUUUAAAAAUUGUUUUAGGAAAAUAAUUGUUGCUUCAAAGCUAUUUGCAUUUAAUAAUAAUAUUGUAAGGCCAUUUAUAUUUUAUAAAGGAUUCGUCUGAGAUUAUAAUCGAAAUAAGCACAAGAAAAUUAAGUGCAGAUAAAUAUUCUACACAGGGAAAUAUUAUUCUGGGAACCAAAUUGUUUUGAAGGAAUCCGAGUGUUUUAUUAGUUCGGUUGAUAGGCUAGAGAUUUGAUUCUUAUUAAAAUGAAACCAAAGCAGCAUGCUACAUAUACACAAUGGCGUUGCCAAGUUCAUUUUACAUAAGAGAAUCAUAUUAUAGUGGUGUUUUCUUUUCAACUACUAAUUGGAAUGACUUUGAAAAAGGGUUUCUGUGACCCCUGUUCUCGCCACCUGCUUCAGGGCAGCUACGCUCCUGUACAAAGUGUAUAAAUAUUUCUUAUUGUUGUGGAUGGUACUAAACAGUAGUAAGAGGCCAGUCAAUGUAGGUCAAUACAAACUUACAAAGCCUAUUGAAAGUCCUGAUUGUAUAAAAUUCUUAAUUUAUUGAAAAUAUUAUAUUUGUAUUGAUGCUGUUGUAUUUCUAUAGAAUAUGUCGUGAAUCAACGCGGUAAGGUCUUAUAUAUUUAAGUGUACAUUUAAAGACUCACACUCAAUAUUUCAUUCAUUUUGCUCAUAGUGUUCUGUAGACUUUUUUUUUACUAGACCACUUACUAUCAUUAUGUUGUACUAUUGCUUUUGACUGCAUCUGAAUAGUAUGGGCGGCAUGUUUUUAAGUUGUUAUUGGAUCUUGCAAUGUAUGCUUCAAUUUAUUAGGUUAAAACUGUGAUCUUUUUUUAAUGAAUGAAACAAUCUGUGCUUGAAUGUACGCUAGAUGUCGCAGUGUUCUUUGAUAUUUUAAUUCAAUCGAAAUUCACAUUAUAAUGUACCUACUGACUUUUUUGUAAUAAACUCAUGAAAUAAA